CUCGCAGCGGCGGCCCGGCCAUGGUGCGGAUCGUGGCGGUGAAGACCAAGCCCUACGGCGACCAGAAACCCGGCACCAGCGGGCUCCGCAAGCGGGUCACGGUCUUCCAGAGCAAUGUCCACUACACCGAGAACUUCAUCCAGAGCAUCCUGGCCACCGUGCCGCCGGCCGAGCGGCAGGAGGCCACGCUGGUGGUGGGGGGCGACGGCCGCUUCUACAUGAGGGACGCCAUCCAGCUCAUCGUCCGCAUCGCCGCCGCCAACGGGAUCGGCCGCCUGGUCAUCGGGCAGAACGGCAUUCUCUCCACGCCAGCAGUGUCCUGCAUCAUCAGGAAAAUCAAAGCCAUUGGUGGCAUCAUUCUGACAGCCAGCCACAACCCCGGGGGGCCCAAUGGGGACUUUGGCAUUAAGUUCAAUAUUGCCAAUGGAGGUCCUGCUCCCGAAGGUAUCACGGAUAAAAUUUUCCAGAUCAGCAAGAAAAUUGAAGAGUAUGCAAUCUGCCCAGACCUCCAGGUGGACCUGAGCACCAUUGGGAAGCAGCAGUUCGACUUGGAGAACAAAUUUAAGCCAUUCACAGUGGAAAUUGUGGACUCUGUAGAAGCUUAUGCCAAUAUGCUGAGGAGCAUCUUUGACUUCAGCGCAUUAAAGGAACUGCUUUCAGGGAAAAACCACCUCAAGAUUCGCAUAGAUGCCAUGCACGGAGUUGUGGGCCCUUAUGUGAAAAAGAUCCUGUGUGAGGAGCUCGGAGCCCCAGCAAAUUCAGCUGUGAACUGCACCCCACUGGAGGACUUUGGUGGCCACCAUCCUGACCCCAACUUAACCUACGCUGCUGACCUGGUCCAGACCAUGAAGACAGGAGAGUAUGACUUUGGAGCUGCCUUUGAUGGAGAUGGGGAUCGCAACAUGAUUCUGGGGAAGCACGGCUUCUUCGUGAACCCCUCCGACUCGGUCGCCGUCAUCGCCGCCAACAUCUUCAGCAUCCCUUACUUCCAGCAGACCGGCGUGCGCGGCUUCGCCCGGAGCAUGCCCACCAGCGGGGCUCUCGACAGGGUGGCCCAUGCUACAAAGAUUGCUUUGUACGAAACUCCAACUGGCUGGAAGUUCUUUGGAAACCUGAUGGAUGCAAACAAACUGUCUCUGUGUGGAGAGGAAAGCUUUGGUACCGGCUCCGACCACAUCCGUGAGAAGGACGGGCUGUGGGCUGUCCUGGCGUGGCUGUCCAUCCUCGCCACCCGCAAGCAGAGCGUGGAGGACAUCAUGAAGGAUCACUGGCAGAAAUAUGGCAGGAACUUCUUCACCAGGUAUGACUAUGAAGAGGUGGAUGCAGAUGCAGCCAACAAAAUGAUGAAGGAUUUGGAGAGUGUGAUGUUUGAGCGCUCCUUUGUGGGGAAGCAGUUAUCCUCUGGGGACAAAGUCUACACGGUGGAGAAAGCUGAUAAUUUCGAGUACAACGAUCCCGUGGAUGGAAGCGUCUCCAGAAACCAGGGCCUGCGGCUCAUCUUCUCCGACGGCUCCCGCAUCAUCUUCCGGCUGAGCGGCACCGGCAGCGCUGGAGCCACCGUGCGCCUCUACAUCGACAGCUACGAGAAGGAUGCUCAGAAGAUCCAUGAAGACCCCCAGGUGAUGUUGGCACCUCUCAUUUCUAUUGCACUGAAACUCUCACAGCUCCAUGAAAGAACCGGCCGCAGCGGCCCGACUGUCAUCACAUAAAGGCUUGGGCACGCACCGUGCCGGAGCGCACAGCCAGUGAAGGAAGGCAGCCCCUGUCCCCUUCUGCUGUCUAAUCUGUCACUGAAAGAGGAGGAUGAAUUUUAUCUGCAUUGAAGAAAAAACACUGUUGAGCUGCUAAGGAUAGACUAACAAACCCCAGCCCCUGGCCACACCACGUGCACGUUGCUGUGCUGCUUCUCUGCGUCACACAGCACUGCCAGCAGUUAGCAUGUCGUGCCCCUUGGCACAGCCUUUGGGGUUAGCACAUCUACUUCCUUUUGGGUUGUUUUUUUUUUUGCUUAAACAAAAGGCUCUAGAAAUAACCAAGAGAAUAAAUUUUUCAGUAAUCCAGAGGGUUCCUUCUGUCUUGGAAGCUUUCCUGGGAAAUCAGCACAGUUACUUUUGAUACACACUCUUCUCGGUGCGGUGUCUCUGGCUGAGUGAGGGCUGUGCGUUACAGCUGAGGGUUUUAUGCAUAGGUGGAUUUUUCCCUUUCAGAACUAAAGUAUGUAAAUUGUCCCCCCACCUCACCCCCUUUGCCUUCUGUAUAACAAAAAACCCACACCAAAGCCUCCACACAGAAACGAGCAAUAACGAGCGUUGCAGGAUAUUAAAGUGAUCUGGGCUACA